AUUCCCACUUCACAUCUCAUUAUCUCUCUCUGUCUCUCUCUCUCCAUAAGAGCCCUAGAAGGUUGCUCUUGUCCUCUUUACACUUUCUUCCACUGCAAUAAAACUUAGAGCUUUUGAGGUAAACUCAGCAAUAAGAAGGUUUCUCUUAGUCAGCUAUACCCAUAAAAAUCAAAGCUUUUUAUAUUCUCAUUUCCCAAAACAUUAGUAUUUGAAAUUCUUGGGGUCAAGGCCAAUAGUAUAUAUCAUGAUGAUGGGAAAAGAGGAUCUGGGUCUAAGUCUGAGCUUGGGAUUUGCACAAAAUCAUCAUCCUCUCCAGCUGAAUCUCAAAUCAACUUCUUCACCAUUGUCCAAUCUCCAGAUGUUUCCAUCGAACCAAACCUUCGUCUCCUCCUCAGAUAAUCACCAAAACCAACAGUUUCUUAGGAAAAUCGACGUGAACAGCUUGCCGUCGACGGUGGAUUUGGAGGAGGAGACAGGAGUUUCUUCCCCAAACAGCACGAUCUCGAGCACCGUGAGCGGCAAGAGGAGGAGCGAGAGAGAAGGAACCUCCGGUGGUGCCGGAGAUCAUGACCUCGACAUAACUCUGGAUCGAUCUUCCUCACGUGGAAGUGGAACCUCCGACGAAGAAGAAGAAGAAUACGGAGGAGAGGCUUGUCGGAAAAAGCUCAGGCUUUCCAAAGAUCAAUCUGCUGUUCUCGAAGACACUUUCAAAGACCACAAUACUCUCAAUCCCAAACAGAAGCUGGCUUUGGCUAAGAAGCUAGGCUUAACAGCAAGACAAGUGGAAGUGUGGUUCCAAAACAGAAGAGCAAGGACCAAACUAAAGCAAACCGAAGUGGAUUGUGAGUAUUUGAAGAGAUGCGUAGAGAAACUGACGGAAGAGAAUCGGCGGCUCGAGAAAGAGGCGGCAGAGUUGAGGGCACUAAAGCUUUCGCCGAGGUUGUAUGGUCAGAUGAGUCCACCGACCACGCUUCUCAUGUGUCCAUCAUGCGAACGUGUGGCCGGACCAUCGAAAUACAACCAACGGUCUGUUUCUUUGAGCCCGUGGCUCCAAAUGGCUCAUGGGUCAACUUUUGAUGUGAUGCGUCCUAGGUCCUAAUUAACUUUCUUCCGGUUCUAUGGGUUAUAAUGCUGUGUGGGUCAUUGUACUUUUUAAAUUAUUGACUCUCGCAAUGUAAGCCUUUUGUCAUUUUAAACUACUAAACCUGAUUAAAUUAGGUAUUCUUGAUGAUAAACAAUACAUAUAUAAAGAAAUGGAAAAAAAAAUUCA